GUCUUCCCGGCGUAGGGCGCUGAGCAGAGACAGAGAGACAGAGAGUCAGGGCGUUCGCAGCGCCCCACGCCCGCAGCGGCCUCACGGCAGCGCCUGCGCCCUCCUCAGCCGGUGCUCGGGAGCCGCGGGGGGCAAAGGCGCAGCGAUAGGACCAGCGCUCCGCCCGCCUCGCUGGCUCUCUGCUCUCCAGCAAGCACCAGCGCCAGUUCUCCAGGAUGAAGAAGCUCCAGGGAGCUCACCUCCGCAAGCCUGUCACCCCAGACCUGCUGAUGACCCCCAGUGACCAGGGUGAUGUGGACUUGGAUGUGGACUUUGCAGCAGACAGGGGCAACUGGACGGGCAAGCUGGACUUCUUGCUGUCUUGUAUCGGCUACUGCGUGGGCUUGGGAAAUGUCUGGCGGUUUCCCUACCGAGCCUACACCAAUGGAGGCGGAGCCUUCCUUGUUCCCUACUUCCUCAUGUUGGCCAUCUGCGGCAUCCCCCUCUUCUUUCUUGAGCUUUCCCUGGGCCAGUUCUCCAGCCUGGGACCCCUGGCUGUCUGGAAAAUCAGCCCCCUCUUCAAAGGUGCAGGUGCGGCCAUGUUGCUCAUCGUAGGCCUGGUGGCCAUCUACUACAACAUGAUCAUCGCCUAUGUCCUCUUCUACCUCUUCGCCUCCCUCACCAGCAACCUGCCCUGGGAGCACUGUGGCAACUGGUGGAACACAGAGCGCUGCCUGGAGCACAGAGGCCCCAGGGAUGGCAAUGGGGUGCUGCCCCUUAACCUCAGCAGUACUGUCAGCCCCAGCGAGGAGUACUGGAGUCGCUAUGUCCUGCACAUUCAGGGCAGCCAGGGCAUCGGGCAACCGGGGGAGAUUCGCUGGAACCUCUGCCUCUGCCUGCUGCUGGCCUGGGUCAUCGUGUUCCUCUGUAUCCUCAAAGGGGUGAAGUCCUCGGGCAAGGUGGUGUAUUUCACGGCCACCUUUCCCUACCUCAUCCUGCUCAUGCUGUUAGUGCGAGGAGUGACCCUUCCCGGGGCCUGGAAGGGCAUCCAGUUCUAUCUCACACCCCAGUUCCACCACCUAUUGUCUUCAAAGGUGUGGAUUGAAGCUGCUCUUCAGAUCUUUUACUCCCUGGGAGUGGGUUUUGGGGGUCUCCUCACCUUUGCCUCCUACAACACAUUCCACCAGAACAUCUACAGAGACACGUUCAUUGUUACUCUGGGCAAUGCCAUCACCAGUAUCCUGGCUGGCUUCGCUAUCUUCUCGGUGCUGGGCUACAUGUCUCAGGAGCUGGGUGUGCCGGUGGACCAAGUGGCCAAAGCAGGCCCUGGCCUGGCCUUUGUUGUCUACCCACAGGCCAUGACUAUGCUGCCCCUGUCACCUUUCUGGUCCUUCCUCUUCUUCUUCAUGCUUCUGACUCUUGGCCUGGAUAGCCAGUUUGCCUUUCUAGAGACCAUAGUGACUGCAGUGACUGAUGAAUUCCCAUACUACCUGCGGCCCAAGAAGGCGGUGUUCUCAGGCCUCAUCUGCGUAGCCAUGUACCUGAUGGGGCUGAUCCUCACCACCGAUGGGGGCAUGUACUGGCUGGUCCUUCUGGAUGACUACAGCGCCAGCUUCGGACUCAUGGUGGUGGUGAUCACCACGUGCCUCGCCGUCACCCGGGUAUAUGGCAUCCAGAGGUUCUGCCGAGACAUUCACAUGAUGCUGGGGUUCAAGCCAGGCCUCUACUUCAGGGCUUGCUGGCUGUUUCUGUCCCCAGCCACACUCCUGGCCUUGCUGGUGUACAGCAUCGUCAAGUACCAGCCCUCGGAGUACGGCAGCUAUCGCUUCCCUGCCUGGGCUGAACUGCUAGGCAUCCUGAUGGGCCUGCUCUCCUGCCUCAUGAUCCCAGCUGGCAUGCUGGUGGCUGUGCUUCGAGAGGAGGGCUCACUUUGGGAGCGGCUUCAGCAGGCCAGUCGGCCUGCUAUAGACUGGGGCCCAUCCCUGGAAGAGAACCGGACAGGAAUGUAUGUGGCCACACUGGCUGGGAGCCAAUCACCAAAGCCACUGAUGGUGCACAUGCGCAAAUAUGGAGGCAUCACCAGCUUCGAGAAUACGGCCAUUGAGGUGGACCGUGAGAUCGCAGAGGAGGAGGAAGAGUCCAUGAUGUGACACUGGGGACCACCAAACAGGAGGGCUGGCCGGGGCCUCGCAGGGGACAACUAUGCCUGCUGGGAUUCUGAAAGACAGAUGGAGGUUACUACAUCCGUGCCAGUCCCCAGUAUAAGUCCCUCUCUGUGGCCUCUGCCUCUCCUGGGACCUCUAUCGAGAUGGACACACACACACACCCCGUAGUCCAUUCAAAGCUGCAAUGGUCCAGCUCAGCCCUCACUUUACAGAGGGAUGUGUUGAAGCCAGGGAGGGAAGAGCUGGUCCAAGGUCACAUGGCCAAGAGGACUUGUUCCCAAGCCUCCAGCCAGCUAAUUCCCUUUCUCCCAAGUUCAACGGGACAUAUUUGAUAUCUUUGUUCAGACAUUUUGACAAGACACAUUUCCAUACAAGCCGACUUUAGACCUGGGGUUCCAGGUAGUGAGAAGCCUGGAGGGUUCCAAGGACCUGAAUAUAGAGUUAGGAAAUGAAUUGGGCAGUAAAAUAUCUCUGUGGGUUCCUGUGUUAAGGCCAAGUUUCCCAGAAGAGGUGGGAACCUAGGGGGCUGGCGGAUGUGAUGGAUUGCAGAACAGACUGGAGGGAGGGCUUAUGGGUCAGAGCUGUCCUGGAGCCGGGAGGGGGCCAACCUGCCAGAGCAGGGACCAAGAAUGGCUGGAGAUGGCGAUUCUCACAGGUUACAAGAGGGAGUGAGGAAUAGCAGGGAGGGGGAGCCAGAAAGGUGGGGUGGGAGGGGCUUGCAUGGCGCUGCGUAUCAUUUUAGGUCUGUUUAGUGUGGAUUAGGGACAGGUAUAGAGACGGGAGGCUGGUGAAGGACAGGUGAGAGGUUUGGGUGGGAGUAGGUAGGCAGAGCCCACCCUUCACCCUGUGGACUUUAUGCCAUGGACUGGCAGGAGACCCGAGGAACACCAGCCAUGGAAAUAGGAAUGCAGGCCACAGUCAGGACCCUGCUCCCCUGUCCCUGUGCUUUCCAAUGACAGAGACACCCAAGACUCAGAGAUGGUUCACAUAGGACAUAUGUCCUGAUGCUACAGGGCACCUGACAUGAGGGAAGCCUCUGUCCUGGGUCCCCGAGAGAUGGCAUUCAGGCGUGGCCACCAGGCGUCCGUCCUGACAUUGCAUUUCCCAACAGAGCAGGGCACUUUUAUACAGCAUAGUGAGUGACCCCUGUGCCCACCAUUCUCCUGGCAUCUCCCCAGCCCAUUUGUGUUCUGCUGGCUGAUUGUCAAUAAAUACCAAAUGAG